AAAGAAAAAACAAAAUAGCAAAAACCCUUGGGUUUGGUUAAAGACUGCGGAAGAGAAAGGACAGCCAUCUAUGUCUCCGUCGUAACUGGUGUGAGCUCUCUUCUUCAAAUCUGCAUUUGGUACGUAUUGUUUGAGUUAGUUAGUGCAAAUAUCAGAAGCCCUUAUAAUAGAAGAGAAGACCUAAACCCAAAGUCAAUUUCAACAAACUCUCUAUCGGUCCUUUCUUCUGUCACUGACGCUGUACCAUAAAAAGAUUUUCAACCUCGUUCACAGAUCGGAGAGGAGGCAUCCGCUGCUGACUAUAGGCCGUUGGGUUGUCGAACUCGGCUUCAUUACCCGGAUAAACAAUUACUUCACUCACAGAUUUAGAACCCUUUCGAAUCGGGCCAGUGCUCUCUGAAGAUAGACACCUUUCUCCAAACCGGCCACUUGAUUGUCCUCUCUAAAAUCAGCCUCUCGACCCUUCCUAUUGUCCUCUUCGAAACUGGCCACUCGAACCCCUUUCCGUUUCGAUCGUCCUCUUCCUCACGGUGGUGGUUUGAAGCUUUCUACUCUAACGUAACAGUGGUGGUUUGAAGGUCUCUGCUCUGACAAAGCUCUCAACGGAAGCUUCUCUCCAUCUCAUAUUGCCCGAGUAUCGCCCCACUAGUCAGUGGUUAAAGAAGACUAAAAGAAAAGCACUCUUUGCCUCUUUGGAGAAGAUUAAAGAAGGUGAGAGGCUCAUUUCAAUGGCUUUCCUCAGAGGUGCAAGACGUUCUCUUGGCCCUAUUCUCUAUAAUAGGGUGUUCACUAGUAGUGGCAGUACUAGUACUACUUUUGCCACUUCUCGGCAUAAGUUUUCUACUUGGGCUUUCACUAAAAGAGGUUCUCUUGAUGAAUCCACACAAACCAAGAUCUCAAUUCCUGCCUGUUAUUCAUCUGGCUCUGUCAUCUCCCUCAGAAGAUUCAGUGUGGGAGCUUCUAGUGCUGACCAAAUGAGUCUCAUCAAGCAACUCAGGGAGAGGACUAGUGCUCCCAUUAAAGAUGUUAAAGCUUCUCUCAUUGAGUGCAAUUGGGACAUUGAGGCUGCUCAGAAGGACUUGAGGAAAAGAGGAAAGGUACUGGCAUCGAAAAAGUCAUCUCGCACUGCCACAGAGGGAAUGUUGGCAUUGGCGCAGAAUGGGAACAGAGCUGCUCUUAUUGAACUCAACUGUGAGACUGACUUUGUUGCUAGAAAUGAAAUAUUUCAACACUUGGCUUUAGCUUUGGCAAAGCAAGCUUUGAUUUCUAACAGCUCUUCCGAGCAAGCUUCUGGUAUCCUUCCAGUUAGACCUGACUAUUUGGAGGAGCUGACAAUAAAUCUUGAACAUCAAAAGAUUUCUGGAGAAACAACUGUUCAAAAUGCAAUUACUGAAGUUGCUGCAAUGAUGGGUGAAAAUAUUAAACUUAGACGGGCUUUUGUGAUAUCUGCAUCAUCACAAGGUGUUGUUUCUACAUAUCUCCACACAAGUCCCCAACCAGGGUUGGGUCGAAUUGCCGGAGUUGUGUCUCUUGAAGUAGAAGAUGGGAAUUCGCAAUCUGAGGCUCUCCAACGGGUUGGAUCUGAAUUGGCCAUGCAUGUGGUGGCAGCAAAGCCCUUAUUCUUAACAAGGGAACAUGUUACUUCUGAUGCAUUGGAGAAUGAGCGUGAAAUUCUCAAGUCUCAGGCUGAAAGUUCUGGGAAGUCUCAGAUGGCAAUAGAAAAGAUGGUAGAAGGUCGAUUGCGCAAAUAUUAUGAGGACGUUGUGCUUAUGGAGCAGAAGUUUAUUAUGAAUGAUCUAAACGUGAAGACGGUAUUAGAUAAUCUAUCACAAGAAGUUGGAUCUCUUGUCAAGAUUGGGAGCUUUUUCAAAAUGGAAGUUGGAGAAGGAAUUCAACGGGUAGAAACCCCCACCGCGUCCGAACCAGUAGCCCAGGCUGUCUAAUAUUCCCUUCAUCCGAGAAACUUGUGAUGGUUAAGUUUGAUUUAUAAGAUGCACCUCAUGUGAGAAAUUGUCUUUACCCUACUUACAACUUCUUUGGUGGUCUUCGUUAUCCUUUCCAACACUGAUGAGUUUAAGUUUCUUCCGCAAAUGCAGAAGGAAUCCUUGCCAAAAAAAUAAAAUUGUGAGCUGGUAUUUACAAAUUUUGUGGAAGAAUUGCGUAUAACUUAUUCCUGCAAACCAUAGUUAGUAAUAAAAGAAAAUGGGAUAUUUUUUUUAUGCUAUAAAGUUAUAUAGGUAGUAAGUUGGCUGACUUGAGACAACCCAUUAUGUUGCAGUUGUACUGCAUUUUUAAGAUAAAUGUUUUUGGGUUUGUUCUGUAAUUGCAGUCCUGUAAAUCAGGAACUUAAUAGCCCAUUAAUGCUCCAUAAGAUUGGUUAGUGGUUUUUUGCUAAACAAGAUUGGUUAGUGGUUACUCUGGCAAAGUUUGCUAAUUUGAGUCAUGUAAAUGAUCAGUUUCCUACUUUA